CUAUACCGCCCCCUCCCCCAUUGCUCGUCAUGGACUCCAGCGCCGCCGCGUCGUCCGCCGUCGCCGCUGCUGCUGCCGCCUCCGCUUCCGCCGCCUCCGCCGCUGCUGCCGCUGCCGCUGAGGCUCAAGCACUUCAAGCUGCCAUGGAGGCCGCCAUUCAACAAAUCAAGAAUCUUCUUAGCCCGCUGCUAAUCUUGGUCUGCAUUGCAUUCAUAUUUUUUGGCAUAUUUUCCGCCCAGGUCUAUUCGUAUUGGUUUGCAUACGAGUACGAUGGGACUGUCCUGCGGACGUUUGUUGCAGUGCUAUGGGGUUUGGAACUGUUUCAUACUAUAUUCUGUUUCCACAUGCUCUACACCUACUUUGUCGGCGACAUCGGAGCUCCUAUAAACGCGGCGACGAUCGAGUGCGCCCGCUUCGAUUUAUGCGGAGGUGAUUAUAGCGGCCUCAUCGCAAGGAUACUUCAUCCAUCGUCUCUGGGCAUUGAGUCACAAGAACUGGCUAUCCUUCUACUGGCCCGUGUUGCCACCAGUUUUGCUACUGCUGUCUUCCUCGUCAAGUUUCCCGCUUGGGCCCAGUUCCACGCAGAACUCUCGUCAAAGACUACGACCGACGUUGGUCUGGUGCUCGCCGCCUUGGUCGACAUCAUCGUCACCUGUCUGCUUGCCUUCUAUCUGCGCCAGCAGAAGUCUGCCUUCCGUCGGACACAGCACAUGAUGCAGCGUAUGAUGUUCUACACCAUCAACACUGGUGCAGUUACCAUGUGCUGCUCCAUCGCCGCGUUGUUCAUGUUCAACCUCAUUCCAACGAGCCUGUUGUUUGGCGGCAUGGUGGAGCUCCAGUCGAAGCUCUACGCCAACUCGGUCUUGGCCAUGUUAAACAUGCGGAAGCAUCUCAGGACCAAAAUCGGCGAAAGUUCGAACUCUAUUCCGCUCCACUUUACCAGCCAGGAGAGUCGAGGGACGACUGACGUUAUCAACACCAGCAGCCUCCGCAUCGACAUCCACAAGGACGUCGUCAACGAUCGCGAGGCGAAUCCCAUCAAGUCCGAGUUGUGAGGCCGUCAAUGCUAGGAUCAUGCGGUGAACGACCUCGUUCCAACAACAGACGAGUGGGCAGAGGCGCGGUGAUCAUACUUCAAAUCUAGAAAUAUGGCCCAUUUCGGUAUGAAACAGGCAACAUAUUCUGUUCAAAACAUGGGAACAUAUUU